CCUGUGCAAGGUGCGCUGGCCAGCCGCCGGCCCGGACGGGACGGGAGGGGCUCACGGGCCGCCUGCUCCCGCUCCUCCCCGCCCGGAGAUCAGGCGGCCGGAGCCUCGGGGCAACAGCAGCCUCGCUGCGCCGCGCCCCACCGCACAGCCCCCCUGUUAGUGGGGUCCGGAGCCAGGGCGACGCAGGGGCGGGCUACGGAUCGACCAGCUGAGCGCUACAGCUAAGUGAAGAAAUCUGCCAGAUAUACCAUGAGGAUUUCUGGAAGAAUAAUUCUAUUAUAAGACUCUUAAAACUUUUAGCCCAAGGACACCAGUAGAUCUGGAAACCAAUAGAUUUGUCUGGAGUUUGAUAUACCGACUCUCUGAACAAUUUUCUGUUUCUUCGGAGUGUGGAAGGAGACCUGAUGUUAGCAGUGAAACAGCAUCCAGUGGCAUACCAGCUAAGGGAAAUCAGCGAUGCCUCGCAGUCCGACUUCAAGCGAAGAUGAUAUGGCCCAAAGCUUUUCAGAUUAUUCAGUGGAAUCAGAAUCGGACAGCUCCAAAGAAGAAACCAUCUAUGACACAAUCCGGGCCACUGCUGGGAAACCAAACACGAAAACGGAAGAAAGUCAGAAUAACACAAUGGUUAUACGAAUAAUCAUUCAUGAUCUACAGCAGACGAAAUGCAUAAGAUUUAACCCAGAUGCUUCAGUUUGGGUUGCAAAACAACGGAUUCUCUGCACAUUGAAUCAGAGCUUAAAAGAUGUUCUGAAUUAUGGCCUAUUCCAGCCUGCAAGCAAUGGGAGAGAUGGGAAAUUCUUGGAUGAGGAACGACUUCUUAAAGAAUAUCCACAGCCAGAGAACAAGGGUGUUCCUUCUUUGGAGUUUCGGUACAAGAAGAGGGUAUAUAAACAACCCAAUCUUGAUGAGAAACAAUUGGCCAAACUUCACACAAAGACAAACCUGAAAAAAUGUAUGGAUUACAUUCAACAUCAUUCUGUGGAGAAAAUCAUAAAGAUGUUGGAACGAGGUUUGGACCCCAACUUCCAUGAUCUGGACACUGGAGAAACUCCGCUGACUUUGGCUGCUCAGAUGGAAGACACUGUGGAGGUGAUUAAAGCUCUAAAAAACGGGGGUGCCCAUUUGGAUUUCAGAGCUAAAGAUGGAAUGACAGCUCUCCACAAAGCAGCUAGAGCAAAGAACCAAAUCACUCUCAAGACUCUUUUGGAGCUUGGAGCUUCUCCUGACUAUAAAGACAGCUAUGGUCUUACCCCCCUGUAUCACACUGCGGUCGUUGGAGGGGAUCCUUACUGUUGUGAAUUACUCCUCCAUGAACAUGCCUCAGUCAGCUGUAAAGAUGAAAAUGGCUGGCAAGAGAUCCAUCAGGCUUGUCGAUAUGGACACGUACAACAUUUGGAACACUUGCUUUUCUAUGGAGCAGAUAUGGGAGCACAGAAUGCCUCUGGGAAUACAGCCCUGCACAUCUGCGCCCUUUAUAAUCAGGACAACUGUGCAAGAGUUAUACUGUUUCGAGGGGGCAAUAAGGAAUUAAAGAAUUACAACAGCCAAACUCCAUUUCAGGUGGCGAUUAUAGCAGGAAAUUUUGAGCUGGCUGAGUAUAUCAAGAAUCACAAGGAAACAGAUAUUGUGCCGUUUCGAGAGGCCCCGACCUAUUCCAACCGAAGGCGGAGGCCUCAGAGCACCCUGGCGGCUCCCCGGAUUCUGCUUCGCUCCAACAGCGACAACAACCUCAACAUCAACAACGUCCCCGACUGGUCGGUCUGCUCCUCUGCCUCUUCGCACCGCAGCCUCUCGCCUCAGCUACUACAACAGAUGCAGAAUAAUCCUAAUGGCACAGUGAAAACCAUUGGGAGCUACACCCCAGGACCUCGGAGUAGGUCACCAUCCCUCAACAGGCUUGGAGAAGAUGCCAAGAGGCAGCAGCAUAGGCAUAUCAGUGCUGGCUUCAGUCCUGGUGCUAGUAAGGAGACUAUCUCCACGUUUGACUAUCAGGGCCCAAAGCGCAAGCUGUACAGUGCCGUUCCUGGAAGACUCUUUGUGGUCGUGAAGCCAUAUCAACCUCAAGUAGAUGGAGAGAUUCACCUUCACCGAGGGGACAGAGUAAAAGUUUUGAGUAUUGGUGAAGGUGGCUUCUGGGAAGGCAGUACUCGAGGACAUAUUGGAUGGUUUCCUGCAGACUGUGUUGAAGAAAUUCAGUGUAAACCAAAUGAAAGCAAGCCAGAAACUCGCACAGAUAGAACAAAGAAGUUAUUUAGACACUACACAGUGGGCUCUUAUGACAGCUUUGAUGCUUCAAGUGACUGCAUUAUUGAAGAAAAGACGGUGGUCCUGCAGAAAAAAGACAAUGAGGGAUUUGGAUUUGUGCUCAGAGGGGCAAAAGCUGAUACUCCAAUUGAAGAAUUUACCCCUACCCCAGCAUUCCCUGCUCUGCAAUAUCUGGAAUCUGUGGAUGAAGGUGGAGUAGCAUGGCAAGCUGGAUUGAGAACUGGAGACUUCUUGAUUGAGGUUAACAAUGAGAAUGUAGUGAAGGUUGGCCACAGGCAAGUGGUGAACAUGAUUCGGCAAGGAGGAAAUCACUUAGUUCUUAAGGUUGUGACUGUAACCAGGAAUCUUGAUCCAGAUGACACAGCUAGAAAGAAAGCCCCUCCACCUCCAAAGCGAGCUCCAACCACUGCCCUGACCUUGCGGUCUAAGUCAAUGACCUCUGAGCUGGAAGAGCUUGUGGAUAAAGCUUCAGUUCGGAAGAAGAAGGAUAAAGUAGAUGAAAUAGUCCCAGUUCCCAAGCCAUCAAGGACCGCAGAAAAUGUAACUGUAGAAUCAAGAGUGGCAACCAUUAAACAGCGGCCAACUAGUCGAUGUUUUCCUUCUGCUACUGAUAUGAAUUCCAUGUAUGACCGGCAAGGGAUUGCUGUGAUGCCACCCACUGUUCCUGGAAGUCCCAAAGGCCCUUUUCUGGGCCUCCCUCGAGGUACAAUGAGAAGGCAAAAAUCAAUAGACAGCAGAAUCUUUCUAUCAGGAAUUACAGAGGAAGAACGGCAAUUCCUGGCCCCUCCUAUGCUAAAGUUCACUCGAAGUCUAUCCAUGCCAGACACCUCCGAAGACAUUCCUCCCCCACCCCAAUCUUUGCCCCCUUCGCCCCCACCGCCUUCCCCGAUAGCCUACAAUACUCCUAAGUCUCCAACCUCACGAGUGUAUGGGACCAUCAAGCCCGCAUUUACUCAAAAUUCAGGUCCAAAGAUUACACCGUCCGCUCGGUCCGAAAACGUCAGCACGAUGAUGCGGGACAAGGGGAUGUAUUACCGCCGGGAACUGGACCGUUACUCUCUCGAUUCCGAAGACCUGUACAACAGGAACGCUGCAGCUCAGCCGAACUUCAGAAACAAGAGGGGCCAGAUGCCAGAAAACCCAUAUUCGGAGGUGGGAAAGAUAGCAAGCAAAGCGGUUUACGUUCCUGCCAAACCUGCGAGACGGAAGGGAAUGCUGGUGAAGCAGUCCAACGUGGAGGACAGCCCAGAGAAAACCUGUUCGAUUCCUAUUCCGACCAUUAUUGUGAAAGAACCAUCGACGAGCAGCAGCGGGAAAAGCAGCCAAGGGAGCAGCAUGGAAAUCGAUCCCCAGGCUUCGGAGCAGCCCGGCCAGCUCAGGCCCGACGACAACCUAAAUGUCAGCAGCCCAUUUGCAGCUGCCAUCGCCGGGGCUGUUAGGGACAGGGAGAAGAGGCUGGAGGCCAGGCGGAACUCGCCCGCCUUCCUGUCCACUGACCUGGGAGACGAGGACGUGGGCCUGGGUCUGGGGCCUCCCACACCGAAGACGAGGCCCUCGAAGCUGACAGAGGAGGGGGAGUUCCCCAACGAAGACAGCCCCCAGCAGCCCCCCUCGCCCACUCCAGCGGCCUCUAGAGAUGCCGAGAACCACUUUGAUAAUGACGAAGGCAGCAGUGGCGGUGGCCAGGGCGAGCUGGAGAGUUCGAGAACGGUCAAUAUCUGCUCAAAAGCCAAGAGUCCUGAAAGCAGCACGACUCCCUCCAAGAGCGAUCACGCAGCCAGCACGGACAAUUACGUCCACCCCCUCACUGGAAAGCUGUUGGAUCCCAAUUCACCAUUAGCCCUGGCACUGUCUGCCAGGGAUAGAGCCAUGAAAGAAACCCAGCAGGGCCCUGGUAAGGGGGAGACAGCUAAAGCAGACCUGAACAAACCCCUUUAUAUCGACACAAAAAUGAGGCCUGGGAUUGAAGCUACGUUCCCGCCGGUGACCCGCCAGAGCACCCGGGGCCCAUUGAGGAGGCAAGAGACAGAGAACAAGUAUGAGACAGACAUGGGGAAGGACAAGAAAGGGGAUGAGAAAAAAAACAUGCUGAUCAACAUCGUGGACACCUCCCAACAGAAGUCAGCUGGCUUGCUCAUGGUGCACACCGUAGAAGCGGCGAAGGCUGACGAAGGGCCCGCUGUUGAAGAUGAGAAGGCCGAAAUGGAAACCAAGCCAGAAGACUCUUUGGCCGAGGUUCCAGAAAGCAUCCAGGAAACCGAAGGUGCUUUAAAGGCGUCGGCUGCUCCGGGCCCGGCCGCUCCCGCCGGUAAAACCAUCGUGGCGGUUUCCUCGGUAGACGAGCCCAUCAUUUUGCCAUUUCGCAUUCCUCCACCCCCUUUGGCAUCGGUUGACUUAGACGAAGACUUUAUUUUUACAGAGCCAUUGCCUCCUCCCCUAGAAUUUGCUAACAGUUUUGAUAUCCCCGAUGACCGCUCGGCUCCGGUUUCGACCGCGACGGACACGAGUAAGCCGAGAAAAAGCGACACUCCCCAGUCACCUUCAUUCAACUCCAGCCAACCGACCAACUCUUUGGACAGUAAGAAACCAGCGGGUUUUUCAAACUGUUUGCCUGCCUCCUUUCUGCCCCCCCCUGAAAGUUUUGAUAACGUCACUGACUCUGGGAUUGAGGAGGUGGACAGUCGCAGUAGUAGUGACCACCAUUUAGAGACAACCAGCACUAUCUCCACUGUGUCCAGCAUCUCUACCUUGUCAUCGGAAGGUGGUGAGAACUUGGACACCUGUACAGUCUAUGCAGAUGGGCAAGCAUUUAUGGUUGACAAACCCCCAGUACCUCCUAAACCAAAAAUGAAGCCCAUACUCAACAAAAGCACUGCACUUUACAAAGAUGCUCUAAUGGAAGAAAAUGUAGAUAGUUUUGUUAUCCCCCCACCUGCUCCACCUCCACCUCCUAUCGGUGUCCAGCCUGGGACAGCAAAGGUUAUUCAGCCAAGGACCUCCAGACUAUGGGGUGAUGUUACAGAGGUCAAAAGCCCAAUCCUCUCAGGCCCAAAGGCAAAUGUCAUUAGUGAAUUGAACUCAAUACUGCAGCAAAUGAACCGGGAGAAAUCUACAAAGCCAGGGGAAGGAUUGGAUUCACCAACAGGAACCAAAACCGCAAGUCUCAGUACAAGGAGCACAGAAGUCAUGAGCACGGUCUCAGGGACCCGAAGUACAACGGUCACGUUCACUGUCCGGCCCGGAACCAGCCAGCCCAUCACCCUUCAGAGCAGGCCCCCGGAUUAUGACAGCCGGACCUCAGGAAUGAGACGUGCCCCGAGCCCCGUGGUCUCGCCGACCGAGCUAAGCAAAGAGCUCACACCCUCCCCUCUGAGCGCCACUGCGGCUUCUCCUUCUCCCGCCAUCUCGGAGGUCUUUAGCCUUCCGAGCCAGCCACCUUCCGGGGACCUCUUUGGCUUGAAUGCCGCAGGCCGCAGCAGGUCUCCCUCUCCCUCGAUAUUGCAACAGCCAAUCUCAAAUAAGCCUUUUACAACUAAGCCCGUCCACCUGUGGACUAAGCCAGAUGUGGCAGAUUGGCUGGAAAGUCUAAACUUAGGCGAGCAUAAAGAGACCUUCAUGGACAAUGAAAUCGAUGGCACUCAUUUACCGAACCUUCAAAAGGAAGACCUAAUAGACCUGGGAGUGACUAGAGUGGGGCAUAGAAUGAACAUAGAAAGAGCUUUGAAGCAGCUGCUGGACAGAUAAGAAUGGAUCUUCUUCCGGUUAGAAGUAGAGAUGGGCUUGUACCGAACUAUUCCCAUGGCCUUGCUGAUUUGUGAGCUACCACCAUUAUCCCCUGGGUUACUUCACUUCCUGGCACCCAAAGAAGGGCCAAGGGUUUCCUUAGUGGCUCUAGGCAGAAGUGCGCAGAUGGGAAGAGAGCUUCUGGGGGAGAUUGGGAGAGACGUUGGUUAGGUUUUUGGUUUUUGUUUUUUUUUUACAAAAGUAUGCACCUCGUUACCAACAUGGGGAGCUUAUCACGCUUCUGUUGGGUCCAGAAGCUUCCCCAGUGGUUUGGCACAGGGGCAUGGCACGUUCCAACAGAGAAUACGGCGCUCUCUAUACCUCCCCCCAGGGACUCCUCCUUUGGUCCUGAUCAGCUCUCACCACCCCUGCUCCAACACAGGUCCCUUGUUCUUUUCCUCUUCUGAGGCUCCUUACACCUCAGUGGAUGCUCACUUGCCUCUUUGUCUUCAAGGGGUUGUAAGCCACUCAACCUAAAACAUGUUGAUUUCACAGAUGCAUAUCUUGGGACUUUAUGGUAGAGAAGCUUUUUUUUUUUCCAAAUCCUCCAGGUCGUUUCCACACAUUGUGUUGCAGCCAUGGUGGUUUAGCAGCAGCUUCCUGCAGGUAGGGUGGAGACCUCAUCUGAGAUUGUGUUGUUUCGCUGACCUGUCUUUAUUUCUGUAAAUCGCGUUCGCACAUUUUCAAGGUGGCCAAACAGGUGGCACCGGCGGAGUGGAUAGAGCACAUAGACACAGUCGAAAGAUGGUGGGAAAUCCCAAUCAAGGCCUGGUCUGACCUGAGAUACUGCCCUGACAUGUCAACACUGAGUCAGGGGUGGGGAGUACCAGACACGUGGAUGAAAAUGGGACUGUGAGGAGCUGAUUCACUCGCUUUUUUAAUCCUUGAGCAUCUUUUUGACUUGAAGAUCCAACUGAGCAUUCACAUAGCCACUGAAAGCUAAGAUCAGAAUGGAGGUUAACAGGAGAGCUUGUGGUGUGGCCACUUCAUCUGGAGAGGAGUAGGGUCCAGUUGGACUAGGAGAUCUGUAAAAGCACCAGAUGAGGAAAGGUGUUGUGCCUCCUCUAUUUAAAAAGAAGUUUUAACUAGCAGCUCCUCAAACAACCAGUGUUGAAGGUUGAGGUUCAGAGGGUAGGCAGUGGUAAAACGUAGGCAGUGGUAAAACACGGGGCUGAAAAAAAGCAAAGGCUAGGGUCUUGAGGGCAGAGACUCAAAGAAAGGGAAGUGGAAAUGGCACUCCAAAGACUUGAUGGCAUUUUGGGUUAUGGGUUAGAAAACCAAUCAACCACUGGUCCCAGUCUAAUAAGGUUCUCUCCCUAGUUGGUUGUUGGGGCCCUUUUACCCCUCCCCUUUAAACUAGUACCUCUAACUUCUGGAGGAUGAUGGAUAAAUUGCACCUGGACAGAGAACACCCAGCAAGGUUUCCAGCACUUUCUUGCACCGGUGGAAAGAAGCUGAAGGCUUUUUUUCUUGCUUUCUGAAAUCUCAGCCCAUCUCUAAUUAUAAUUUUGUUUUCCUGCUUUUUUUUCCCCUCCUUUCUGCUCACAAUGAAGUGUCUGAUUAGGUCUGCAAUGGCCCAAGUAUGAGUACAUAAAAUUUAGCAAUUUAAAUAUUUCUUUACUGCAAGUUUAAAUAGUUGUACAGAUAGUUUAUAAGCACAAUAUUUUAAGAAAAUAAGUGGCUGGUCUACUAGGCAGCCUUUGUGCCACUUCAGUGCAAGAAAGUUAAAAGAAAAAAAAAACUUUUGUGAUUUAAUAAUACUAUUUCUGUGGAAUAAUUAUAAAAAGUAUGACCUUUUUAAAUCAACCUUAUUUGGAUGCAUCUGAACCAGCAGAGCUGUGUUAUAUUUUCUAUCUUUGCUAGGACUCCGCCACUGAAGGACAAAUAUUUCUUCAAAUGCAGCGGUUGCUCAAAAAAACCCUACUCCAGUCACAUGGUCCCAUGUGGAAAACAAGUCUUUUGACUCUUCUCUGUUAUUCUACCCUUUGCAGGUCAAUAUUUGUAUUUGAAAGUUCCAAUCCAACUUGUAAUAAAAAUCAAGUUAUUAAGGCAUUUUCCUCAGAGUACUUUCAAUUUUUCCAUAACACAAUGGAUAUUGCUGUAGAGGAUUCUCAAGAAGAUAUCUUCCCCGAUGAGGGGCUAGAUGCUAUUUAAGAAAGUGUAAAAACGGUGAUCCCACCAUCAUUUGUCUUCCAUCUGGUGAUAUUAUGGAAUUCAGUCAAUAAACCGCUAACGCCAUGGUUUUGGGUUUCUUUUUUUUUUUUGAAUACAGUUGGUGUUUUACCUCUAUGCUGUAUGCCAAGGAAUGCAUUAGGUAAAGUGUAAGAAAAAGAAAACUUGGACGCUGCUUUUUAAUCCUAACUUUGUUUGAUUUAUGUUUAUUGAAUUCAGGCACACAACCGUCAAUGAAAUCUGGACGGUAUCCCUUUCUCAAAGAGCUGUAUUGUGCUUCUGUAUCUUUUUGGGCACUUACAUAAUAGAUUCAGAAUAACCUGUAGAAAACAGAUCGAAACAUUUAAAGAGCUAAUGAAAUAGUUUAUUUUUUACAUUGUUUCUUAUGGUAUAAAAAAGUAAUAGGACCUCCUCCAGGGACCGGCCUUUAUCAGUACAGUAUCAUUUGCCAAGAUGAAUCAGCCUCUAGCUCGGUUGGAUGAUUUUGCUCCAGGAAGCAAUAGUUAGAAAUUCAAAUAGCCUCCUGCUUAUUCUCAUCCUCUGGAAAUAUUACGAAUAGGCCCAGUUUCAUGAUGAUACUCUUAACAGUGGAAGCAAAGUGUUAUACUGCUCAUAUAAGAAACAUGUUAACAGUAUUCCAGGUUUUAUGAUCAAAUUUUGUUAUAUACUGUAAUUUAAAUAAAUUGCAUUUACAUGCCUAGUUUCUGUAAUAUUUGUGUAUACAAUACCAAAAUCUCACAAGAUGUAAAUUGUGUAUAAUUGCCUAGACUCCUCUUCCUGGGUGUCAGUGCACAUUUUAAGUUAACUCAUAUUAUAAAAUGACUAGAUGUGACUGUUGAUUUACAGACUUGACAUAUCACAAAACAAAUUCUUUGUGGUACUUAAGUUAAUAAAAUAGUGAUUUUUUCUCUGAGUUCUUAAACAAGCAUUUCCCAGUUGAUCUGGCAAAGACUAUGUGAUUGAGCCACUAAUACUGACAAUUUUCCCAUUCAGUUUUCUUUUUUUUUUUUAAUUUAAGAUAUGAAUCUGUUUCUCGCUAUAUAGUUUGUGUAACAACUUGUGUUCACGUUCUCUAUGUUGCUGUAAUUUUUGUGCUUUAAUUCCUCUUAUUUAGAAUUGAUUAAAAUCAAGCUCCUGUAACUUGCACUUUCCCCGAUCCUUAAUACUCUUGUAUGGCAACCAAAAUUACUGUAAAGAAAUAAAUAUAAUAUUGCACUAAGGUUGUGGUUCUGAUUGCAAACAGUGAAAACUGUCUGAAUUAAACAAAAGAAGUUGCCAAACUUGCAAUUUAAAUGUAAGAUUAUUAAAAUGGCAAAACAUUUUACCUCUACACAGCUGGAUAGAUCAUAUAGCUUUUAAUCAAAUACUACAAACAAGUGCUUCUCCAUUAGACUAAUUUGCCUUGAUUUCAUUUUCUUAAUGUUUGCAAUGAUGGAAAGCUAGUUAUCAUAAGAAAUUUCAGAGUCACAUUUAGGAUGUCAGAAUGAAAGUUUUUUCUAGACAUGCAGCAGAAUAUUUGUAUUGAAGCUGGGUGGUGGUUGGCUCUUUUUUUUUUACCCUUAAUUGCUUUUUUUUUCACUUUAAGGUGGAUUCCAGAUGUUGACUGAUCAUUUUUCUUAAGUUGAAGUGUUCCCUUAUUUGGGGGCAAUCAAAUGAGUCUUCUAGAUCAAGCCAGGUUUUGAGUGAUUGAUAUGAAUCUGGCUGGUAAAACUCUAAAGCAAGGAUUUUGCAGGAAAGCAGCAUUAUAAAACCUAGAAGCAAGGAAGAAGCUGAUAUCAGAAUUUGCAUCUUCUGAUAAAGACUCCAGCUGAGUCAAUUGAUACUUUAGACAAGUUGGGCUUAACAUUCUGCUUUAAGGAAGGAUCUUUUUUAUUAAAAUCAAGUGUUUUGAACUUUCUUUUGCCUCAUCAGUGAAACUUGAUCUCUAGUCACUUCAGGUUGAGUGUUUUCUUUCAUAUUGGGAAAAAAAACCAAUACCUUUAAUGCAAUCAUUCUGUUUAUAUUUUUUGUAACCUUGCUAUCUAUUUCUUUGGGGAUAAUUCUAAUCCUAGUAUUUUUGUUCAUUCCUCCCAGAUUUUUUUUUUUUGAUGAUGACUAUACUGUUACCCAGUAACAGUUACUAUAUGGUUGCUCAGCGGGUUUCUCUCAAACUUUUAUUAGAAAAUGUGUUUAUCAUUGGAGCUUUAUUUCAGGCAUUUUAAUAAUUAGUGAAAUAAAGCAUCUUUAUGUAGCUCUAGCUAUCCAUGUAGAUGCAUAAAUAUUUGCAAAACAAAUUUUUAAAAUAGCUAUCGGCUACAAAGUAACAGCAUGCUUACGGAACUGCCAAUGCUACGUGGGGAUCGAGCUAGCAUCAAAACUUGUUUCUGAGUCCAGCAGAUUUGAUCACGUCUAUUUUUAUCCACAUUUUAAUGGUGGUUUUGUUUCUUUAUUGUUCUUGUAACCUAUUUCUACAUUUCACAGUCUUUACUGUUUUAUGUCCAAGACCACAACAGAUCAUUGUCCAGUGCUAUUAUUCUGGAACACUUUGUUAAUAGCAAUUCUCUGAUACUUAAAUAUGGAAAAAAAGGAAAAAAGAAAGUGUGUGCCUUGGAUAUUUUGAACCUGAUCUGCAUAAAAACCAUAUUGUAUUUCAAAUGCUGUAUGUUUAAUGAAAGGAUAAAUUUCUCUUCAAUGUAUUAAUGUAGCUGAUAAAAUAGUUAUAGUGCCUUGUUUUCUGAACCGAGAAGUCCAUAUCAAUGCACAACUUAAAAAAAAACAAAUUAGGAAAGUGAUAUGUUGAGAUCUAGAUUUCAUUCUGGAACCUAUCUCAUCAUGGGGCUGUGAUCAAAACACAGUCAUUAAAUUAAAUAAUAAAAAGAAAAUUGAAAUAUGAUUGUGUUUUAUCAGUUAAUUUCCAUGGAUAAUGCUCUCUCUCUACUACUUGCAUUUUGAAUUUUUUAUUUAAAAUGCGUUUUUAGUGCAAAGCAGAAAAGGAAGUAUAGCCAUGACCACUGUAGUAAGUAGGUAGUGGGCAUAUUAACUUCUACAUUUUCCUGUGUUAUACGGACACCUAGUGGUACUUCUGGUAAUGCUCAGCGAUGUUAUGUUUAAAAAUGCUAUGUUCACACCCAAUGUACUUUCCUGUUUAUACAAAAAAGAAAAUCACUCAUUUCAAUAAACUCAUUCAUUGAAAAAUUCA